AUUAUGAUAUCAAAGCAGUUCGUCUUCGUGAGUCUGAGGGAUAGAUUGCUUAUGCUUCAAUAUAUACUCUAAAUUGUACCUGUGCUAUUUAGGAUAUCUAAUUGAUAUGUUUAGCAUGAAGUUCAUGAGUAUGCUUUUGGAAAAUUGAAGUAAUUAAUUUGAGAUAUUGAGACUGAUCACCUUGAUAUCACUUGGUUUGUGUGGAUAGGACCCGAAAUGGCAACUCGUGGACAGGGUCGAGGACGGAGAGAAAAUGAGGAACCUGCUUCGUCUCGUAAUCAAGCCGAAUUCUUGGCGGCGAUGACCAACCUUGUCAACACAAUGCAAGCUAGUGCGGCGACUACAAAUCAAGUCAUGGAAAGAAUGAAUGGAAAUGAUAACGGAUCUGGAGGAAACUCAGCUGAAGGAGGUCCGAUGACAUUAGCAACUUUUCGGGAGGUUAAUCCCCCUGUCUUUAGAGGAUCAACUAACCCGAUGGAAGCUGACGAUUGGUUUAUAGCAAUAGAGAGAGCACUACAAGUGCAACAUGUACCUGAGGGCCAAUUGGUGGAGCUUGCUGCUUAUCAGCUAGCUGGAGAAGCGCAACAAUGGUGGCAAGGAACUUACCAUCUUCUGCAACAAGGAAAAGGGAAUAAUGCAAUCACUUGGGAGGUUUUCAGAGAGGAAUUCUACAACAAGUAUUUCCCGAAUUCCGUGAGACAAGCUAAGGAGUUGGAGCUGCUUCAAUUGAGGCAAGGAUCUAUGACUGUGGUUGCUUAUACAAGCAAAUUCGAGGAAUUGUGUCGUUUCUCAAGAGUUUGUCAGGGACCUCUGGGUGAUCCUGAAGGAUAUGAGGAGUGGAAGUGUAUGAAGUACCAGGAUGGUUUGAGGGAUGAUAUCAUGCGAGUUGUGGCGCCUCUUGAGGUUAAGAGCUUUGUAGAGUUAGUGAAUAAGAGUCGUGUGGUGGAGGAUUGCUCUAGGAAGAAUGCGACUACUAGUACUGACCGUGGUGGUUACCACGACCGAGGAGGAGGUGCAAGAUUCUUUGCUCCAAGGGGUCGGAACUUCAAGAGAGGAGAAUAUAUUCAACAAUCUCAACGUGAUCGAGCUACUUUCCAAGGGAACAACAACAACCAUCAAAGGAGAUAUGGGCGACAACCUUAGAAUGAUUUGACUUGCAUAAGGUGUGGAAGUUAUCACUCGAACACUCCAUAUAGAGCUGAAUUGGGACUUUGUUGUAGUUGUGGAGGAGCUGGUCACAUGUCUUGGAACUGUCUGGAAAAAGCCAACCGGAAUGCUGGGAGAGCGCAACAAGGUCGUGUGUAUGCUAUAACGACGGAUGAUGCUGCCAAGUCAGAUACUUUGAUCAGAAGUAAAUGCGAAAUUGGUGGUCCUGGUGCUCAGCAAUGAGCUGUGAUUCAUUUGAGAGAUGGUGAAGAUCUUUGGGUCUUUGAUUUACUUUUGUUUAGAAUAUCUCUGUACUUAUUUUGAAAAACUUAUAUGUAUAUAUUUAUUCAUUUUGAAAACUUGUCUAUAGAAGCCUUUAUGUAUACUUUAGGAGAGAUAGAAAAAUACUGUUGUCAAACUUAUUUUUAUUUCUGUAACCCUAGCCGACCUAAAUUUCGCAGGUCGCGACUAGUGGCUAUGUACUUAUGCUUAUAUAUAUAUAUGGAUCCGGCUCCUCUAGAGUUAUAUUGUCA